UGCGCCCGCGCGUGUGUUUACAGGCUGCCGGUCUGUCCGCGUCCGUCAGUGCGCGCAUGUGUGCGACUGCGGCUCGCCGAUCUCGAGACCACCGGGGGGAAAGGGGAGCAUCGACUUUGUCUCAUCGCAGCGUCGGAUCCGCUUUUCUUUAAAACAAAAACGGGGGGGGGCUCGCUUUCUGGAUGCAACAGAGCUUUUUCUUGCGCGCAUCGCGAUUAGAAAGAGGGUAAGAGAAAGUGGGAGUGUGGGAAAUGCACGAGAAAGAGAAGUAAGCAGGUGUUUUUUUUGCCUCUCUCCCCGCAAGCACCGAUGCAGCAUAUGUUGCACGUCGGUGUUUCCGCUGGCUUGCCACACAGCGGCUUUUUCGGGAUGUGCGCCUGUCGCUCCGUAUCGGUGAGGCGACCGGCGGGCUGCAAUUAGGCGACCGGCGCGCCACGUUUUCUUAAUCACUUUCAUUAGUCCUUUUCGGCGCUACUUUCGCGAUGUUGCAGUCUGUCGGGUGCCGUCGAUGGCACCCAGUUUGACGCCAAGCGACGGCCCGCGGAGAGGCUCGCUCGAUCUUUAAUACGAUGAAUAUAGUCGCCGUUAAUCAUAGCAGCAGGAGUCCCGGCGGCGGAGGUCCGGCGCUGCGUUUACCGAGCAGUGAGUCAGAUCCGUGUGUGCAUGCAUGUAUGUGUGUGUAUGCAUGCGCGUGACAGUCACUGUACAGAGCGUCCCUUUAAUGCCCGUUUAGCGCGAGACCCGUGCCGCGCGCCCGCCCGCGAGUCAGUGUGUCAGUCAGUGUGUCAGUCAGUCAGUGUGUCGCCUGGGCAGCGGUGCCCCACGCCUGAGGCAGUUUCUGGGCAGACUCUGUUGCGCUGCGAGCGUGGGAGCGCUGCGAUCCACUUGGAGCAGUUCAGUGCGGUGCGUGCGGCUCCCCAGCCUCGCGCAAAAUUAAAAUAAUAUCUGCAGAAUUCACGGCCAAGACGGCAGGCAUGCCGGCAUGGGGCCGGUCUGCACCGGAGCUCUGAGACCUCCGCUUAACUCGCCACGCCGGAGGUAGGGCUGUCUCUCACCGGGAGGCGUUUCAGGCGCAGAAAAUCUGGACCCCAGCCAGCGCAACUUGUGGAGAAUAGGUCCGACUGCUUGGCCGGCACCUUUCGGCCGCAACUGGGACCAGCAGGGCAGCUCCACCUCGAUUUGAGAGCGGGUGGAGUCGGGGAGGAGCUGAGCGGACCCUGGGACUCACCCUCCCAGUCGGUGCAGGAGGACUGGAUCUGAGGCACAGGGGCCAAGGCGUCCAGGAUGCAGGUGUCCUUCGCCUGCACGGAGCAUAACCUGAAGAGCCGCAGCGAGGACCGGCUGUGCGGCCUGCGCACCGCGCCGCCACCGGGGGGCGGCAGUGGGAGCGGUGGGGGAGGAGGAGGAGGAGGUGGGGGCGGAGGGAGCGGGGUCGGAGGCCAGAGUGGAAAUGGGCACCACGCGACCCAGGGGCUGAGCAAGCCUAGGGAUGCGGCGGCUGCGAGGAACGCGCCCCAGGGCCACGCUCACAUGAAGGAGGCCAUUGGAAGACACAGCAGCAUGAAGUACAGGAACCUUGGGAAAUCUGGCCUGCGUGUGUCCUGCCUUGGCCUGGGGACCUGGGUGACCUUUGGAUCACAGAUCUCGGACGAGAUGGCUGAGAACCUGAUGACCAUCGCCUACGAGAAUGGCAUCAACCUUUUCGACACGGCAGAGGUGUACGCCUCCGGAAGAGCUGAGAUCACCCUGGGCAACAUCAUCAGGAAGAAAGGAUGGAGGCGCUCCAGUUUCGUGGUGACCACCAAAAUCUACUGGGGAGGACAGGCGGAGACAGAGAGGGGGCUCUCCAGGAAGCACAUCAUAGAAGGUUUGCGGGGGUCCUUGUCCAGAUUGCAGCUGGAGUACGUGGACAUUGUCUUCGCCAACCGCACUGACGUCAAUAGCCCCAUGGAAGAGGUGGUACGUGCCAUGACCUUCGUGAUCAACCAGGGCAUGGCCAUGUACUGGGGCACCUCUCGCUGGAGCGCCAUGGAGAUCAUGGAGGCGUACUCUGUGGCCCGUCAGUUCAACCUGAUCCCACCCGUGUGCGAGCAGGCGGAGUACCACUACUUCCAGAGGGAUAAAGUGGAGGUCCAGCUGCCUGAGCUCUACCACAAGAUCGGUGUGGGAGCGAUGACCUGGUCUCCCCUGGCCUGUGGACUCAUCACAGGAAAGUACAACGACGGCGUCCCCGACAGCUCACGGGCCGCCAUGAAGGGAUACCAGUGGCUGAAGGAGAGGGUUAGCAGCGAGGAAGGGCGCAGGCAGCUGGCGAAGAUCAAAGAGCUCCACCUGCUGGCCGACCGGUUGGGCUGCACUGCUGCUCAACUGGCUAUUGCUUGGUGCCUGCGCAGCGAGGGAGUCAGUUCUGUGUUGCUGGGCGUCUCCAGCACGGACCAGUUGGUGGAGAACCUGGGCUCCCUACGGGUGCUUUCUCAGAUGACCCCUCAGACAUUGAGUGAGAUGGACUCUCUCCUGGGAAACAAACCUCAUUCCAAGAAGGAGUCGCGUGCGUGAGGAGGCCCAGAGGCACACAGGAGGGAGCGAGAGAGAGAGAGAGAGAGGACGCCGAGGGGGGGGGGGUAUCCACGUCGCUUUUUAAGCCCCUCUGAGUAGCGCUUGCCUUGCAUGUGUUUUCGAAACCACGCUUCCUAUAGAGUACUGCACCCCACGCACCCACCUCUGCACGCCAGCGGGCAGGAAGACCUGCGCACGCUCGGCCACCCAUCACCUGGAAGUCCUGGGUUUUUGGGAGAGAAAGUACCGGAAUCGGGAUGUUUGGCAGUAACAAGGAACCCUGGAAUGUUCCGGAGGCUCAGCCUUAUGCACCCACCUGGAAUGGCCGAAAUGGUCUG